UGGCUCAAGGGAUUGUGGCACAGCCGCGGGUGCGCGUGCUGGAGUUCCGCAUCUUGUCGGACGGUCCAUCGGGCGCGGUCGGGCUCAGCUGACAUCGAGAGCAUUCCAGAUCCGUCAAAUAAGCCCGUGCUGGAGGUUUCUGGUAUAUAUAUAUAUAUAUAUAUAUGUAUAUGAUGUCGUUCUCCCUCGAGGCGGAACAGAAAGAGUACUUCGCCACUCUCUUUGUGCGUAGCUGCGUUUCGGUAAGCUGCUGUACUUUGGCAGCUCAUGCAUGGUUUGGUUAUGACGAUUGUUUAGCCUCGCUGGCCAAAUUGAAGAGAGCGCUCGAAUCGCUUUUCGUACUCCCUGAUGCUGGCGCGUCCUUUGAUGCCAGAGUUCUAAACGAAUUCAACCAUGCGAGAGUCACGCGAGCUCAGUAUGUGUCGGACGCAGUUUUUAUACCCUUCUCGGUUAUAUUGUUGCCGCUGGUGAUUUGCGUUCAUGCUACAAGUGCCUCCGACUGGGAUGUUGUUUUCAGAGCGGCGUUCAUGCUUGCACGUCACUGGGCAACUUUGUACUGGAAGUACUUGAGAAAGUCUUGUGGAUUUACCACUGUUGAAAUAGAGCUGUUAUACAAAAUGUUUAUGUUGUUCCUUGCAGUUCGUACGCACUUAGCGGACACACAGCGAAUUCUCAUGUACGGCGGAAUUUUGAGCGCAGCACGAGGGUGUCUCGUGGCUUUGCUACUAGAUUGCAAGACGACCGUGAGAUGGAACGCUUUCCUUUCUGCAGUGACGUGCUUCACUUUCUGGAGGCGGCGCGAGGAGCUUUGCAUUGACGGAAUAUCUUCCAUGGCAGUUUUCGUCCAUCAUUUUCUUAUAGAGGUUGGUAUAUGUAUGUUGAUCUGCUCUGCCUCCAUUUUCCUGGAGCUUGGCGAGAAGGAGCGCGUUAAGGCAUCCACAGAGUCCAGCCAGUCUAGCAGGGCGCAUCGGGCAGUCCAAAGACUGCUCGGUGUGUUCUGCGACGCCCACUUGCACAUCUGCCAAUCGUGUAACAUCAUCUCCCAUUCUCCGCCCCUGUUGCACUUGCUGGGGGGCUCGGAAGAUGGGACAGGGGGUACAACAACGAGCACGCUUGCUGGAUCGAAUUUCCUUCGGUACGUGGGGGAGUCCGACCAGCAGCGCUUCCAGGACUGGCUCUCGUCCAACGGCGCCGCCGUCUCGAUGGCCGAGGACCCCAGCUCGCACCGGUUCGCCCUCCGCCCCGCCGCCUCCAUCCACGUGUCCCUGCACAAGGGGGGCAGUGCGCGCCCGAUCCCCGUAGAGCUGUUCCUGACCUGCGUCGCCGACGUCGAGGGCGCCCCCGAGUUCCUGAUGGGGAUCCGGGAGACCUUCUCGUCGCUGCCUCGGGAGGCCUGCACGGACGCCCCUGGCGCUGUGGCGCUGCAGCUGAUCGCGGUGUCCGAGGUGGCACCCGAGCCCGGCCCCGACGCAGCCCAGGUCGGCGCUGCCCGGUUGGGCCCGAGGGCGUUGGCCCCGACGUUGGCGCCGCUGGCAGUCGAGCAGGUCCGGUCGCCUGCCUCGGCGACGGCCCACUGGCAGCUGGCGCGCAACAAGGCACUCGCGGAUGUGGCCCGAGGCCAGAAGUCCCGCAGCUCCAUUUCGUCGUCCUCGAGGGCGUCCUCCUCGUCCGCGGGAAGCUGCGCGCCAGCCGCGACCUGCGUCUCGUCCGUCUGCCUGCGGGUGGUUUCCGCGACCAGGGGCCUGCGCGUCGAGGACAUGCUGCUGCGCUUCGAGGCCGGGCACCAGCAGCCCCGCCUGAAGAACUGGCUGCCGAAGGAAUCUCUGGACCACAUCGUGCGGAAAUCCGAGGAGCUCGUAAAUGAGAGAUGGCACGGGGAUGGCGAGGAGGCGGUGGCGGGCAUCGGACUCGGGCCCAUGCGUUUUUCCAGCAACGGAUAUACGUUCUUGAUGGCGGAGAGUGCAGAGCUUGUGGCCAAUGACCCCGUGGUUGAGCCAUGUGAUUCGAGCGAAGCCUCGGACUAUUUCAAUCCGAUCGUUUACAUGAAGUUGACUGGGGUGUCGAGGCUUCGCAUGCCUUGGCAGAGCGCGCCGCAGAAGGUCUCGAGAAGUCUGCACACGAUCGACGAGUCAGUGAUGGAUGCCGCAUGUGAUGGCGACGCGCCUGCACUCAGAAAAAGAACCAGUAGCCUGAAUAAUAUUGCAGGGAGAGAGAGCGCCUAGAGCACCAUGGGGAACAUAUGAGUGGAAUCCACUUCUGGAGUGAUGGCCUCCGCCACCAUUUUAUCUGAGUGGUAGAAUAUUCGGGAAGUCACACGUUCCAUUUCCAAGUUGUGUAACGGGUCGCCUUCUUCGCUCAUGGCGUGUUGUUUGGUUUGCUGCCACAGGCAAGACAUGGAAAAUAGCCGCUGCUGAAUGACAGGGUCAAGGGGUGGCCGCUGACGUCGAGGCGUGAUACGAGUCUGCAUUGUCUCCCUUGCACUGCUCAGAUCGAGCAGUGCAGCUCAGCUUACGGCUUGUUGCUGUUUCUCACAGUGUCUGUGAGCGCCUCAAAAAAAUGCGUUCGUGUUCUCUCUGUGUCUCUCUCUCUCUCUCGCUCUCUCUAUUCAAUCAUCCUUUGCAUUGUUUAAUGUGUAUUGUGGCAUCUGUAUUUGUUGUGCGCCACUGGAUCGCUGGCAUGCCUUGGCGGCAUAUAUGGCGACACCCCCAACCAGCAUGAUUUGAUUCAGGGUUGGUUUCGUAUCCUCUUUCUCCCCCUCCUCUCCUGGUCCUUCCUCCUCCUCCUCCUCCUCCUCCUCCUCGCGCGGCUGCCUCUUUUGAGCCAGACCCGGGUGAUUCCGGAUGCAGCCUGAUACAAGUUUCGCCGCAAUUUGCCACGGGUGCACGGGU